CCACGGCUUUCUGAACCAAGACGCACAGCGUGGGAGUCCCCGGUCCAGAAAGCCUAGGGGAUGAUGUCUUUUUCUAAAGGCUUUCCCGGUGACAUUUUCUGCGCGCUCCGUCAUUAACGCCAGUCACCGACGGGGUAUGAAUGUGGCCUUUGCUCAUUGAAAUUCAUUAGGCCUGGCAUCUCCGCGGCGUCUCCGCUUUGCCCUCCCCACCGCCUGUGCGCGGGCCCGUGCGCUCUCCCCCCACACCCAGGAGCCCGGGGUUGAAGGCACAAUGGGCAAGGCCCCGAGUUAAGCCCAAGCCCCCUUUUUGCCCCGCCAGGGCAUUCUCCUUCUCUGCAGGCGCCGCUUCCCCCAGGCCCCCCUCUCCCCGCCCGCCGGGGCAGGCGCGCCCGACCUCCCAGACCGCGCCGCUCACGGACCCCGCGCACAGGGCCUCCAGGGCCGAGCCUCCGACGCACUGCACCUCGAAAACAAAGGAGCUGCGGCCGGAGUUGGGAAACGGAGUUCACCGACGCCGCAGCUGGGCCAGCCCACCCAGCCCGAGAGCCGCUCUCUCAAGCCACCGCCCCUCCACCCUCCAUCCACUGGGGAAGGCGCGCGGGACGCCGAGGGCGCGCGUUGCGCCGGCGCCGAAACAGAGGCUAAAGCGCCACCUCGCGGCCGCCCCGCGCGCUGCGCGCUCAUUGUGUGUGCGCGUCUGGCGAGCAAAUGUGCGUGUGCGCGUGUGUGUUGGGGGGUUUAGCAGGAUAAAGGGGCGCGGGUUGGGGGGCGGUAAUAUUGGGAUCGCCAGAAGAUAAAACUCAGAGAACGUGAGAAAGUCUGAGCUGCAGGAGGAAAUGGUAACAGACAACAGGAGAUAGAACUCAGGCUGGGACCCUUGGAGGAGGCAGGGAAUGUGGUCUUUAAGAAAGGCACCAAAGCCCGGCCCAGGAUGAAGGAGGCCAAGCUGCACAUCCCCUAGUCUCUGGGUUCCCGUCAUUCGCCCCAGCUAAGGCCGCACACCAAGCGCAUCCUCAGGGGAACCAGGGAGGAGCUUCCGUUGUCUACUGCUUUGUGGAAUUAAACUCACACAACCCAGAGCCCCCGGUUGCCGUGCCUUGGGGAGCUGUUCUCCGGGGCGGGUCGUACAUCGGGGCAGCCCCUUCCCCCCCAACAGGACAGCGUGGGCGGUGUCAAAAGGGCGGGGACUAGGAGCCACCGCCCACCUGCCGGGGCCAGGUCAGGAGGCGGGAUGAGAGAGGGUGUGUGCGGGGGGCGGAGGCUUGAUGCAAUUCUGAUCAGAAAUGCUCGGGGAUCCCAGGCACCUACCCGCGGGGCUGGCCGGGCAAGCUAUAUAAGGCUGUAGCCCUGCGCUACGGCGCCGUCGGAGUGUGCGUGCAGUGCGCCCAGGCGCUCUUAGCUCACGGUCAGCUCGAGGGCAUCGCGCACAGGUGCCACAGCCCUGCCGCGCAUCGCAGUCGCCGUGAGCCCCCGGAGGUGCCAUGUGGAGUGCGCCGAGCGGAUGUGUGGUGAUCCGCGCCCUGGUCCUGGCUGGCCUGUGGCUGGCGGUGGCGGGGCGCCCCCUGGCCCGGCGGUCUCUCGCGCUAUCUGACCAGGGGCCGCACUUGUACUACGGCUGGGACCAGCCGAUCCGCCUUCGGCACCUGUACGCCGCGGGCCCCUACGGCCGCUCGCGCUGCUUCCUGCGCAUUCACACGGACGGCGCGGUGGACUGCGUCGAGGAACAGAGCGAGCACUGUUUGCUGGAGAUCAGAGCAGUCGCUCUGGAGACCGUGGCCAUCAAGGACAUAAACAGCGUCCGGUACCUGUGCAUGGGCCCCGACGGCAGGAUGCGGGGCCUGCCCUGGUAUUCGGAGGAGGACUGUGCCUUCAAGGAAGAGAUCAGCUACCCGGGCUACAGCGUGUACCGCUCCCAGAAGCACCACCUCCCCAUCGUGCUGAGCAGUGUCAAGCAGAGGCAGCAGUACCAGAGCAAGGGGGUGGUGCCCCUGUCCUACUUCCUGCCCAUGCUGCCCAAGGCCUCUGUGGAGCCCAGCGACGAGGAGGAAUCCAGCGUGUUCUCGUUGCCCCUGAAGACGGACAGCAUGGACCCCUUUGGGAUGGCCAGUGAGAUCGGGCUGGUGAAGAGUCCCAGCUUUCAGAAGUAACCGAGGCUUUUCGGAUGCUUCCUCGGGAAUGGUCCCGAGACCCCAUUGGGUGUAGCUUUAGAAGGAAACCUUAGAAGUUGUAUAUAUUGCAGGUUUUAUAUUGGCUGUGCCAGUCUCUAGCAGAUAGCCUUGUCUGAUCAUAAAAUUGUAAGCCUCCACCUGCCUGGCUGCUAUCCAAACCCCCCCACACACACCCGUACCUUGAUUGCUGGACACACUGCUGUGCUACUGUGGUUCUGCUUGAAUACCUCCAUUGGUGGGGAACUCAUUCCCUUUGGGAAAAUUCCUAAUGCUGAACCAAACCUCUGUAAUUCUUUCCGUCAUUUGCAGCACAGGCCGCUAGAUGGUAAGCAGUUGUUUUUACAUUCCCGUUCAGCUGAUUAGGUCUGUGAAACCUUAGGUAUUUUGACCACAUGAAGACCUGAUGCAAGUCGCAACUCCGAACAGGACUGUGAACCUCCAAAUGCUCCUGACCAGAGGGACAGCCAGGCUUUGGGAGCAAGGGAAGCCUGGAGCUCUGCUCCAGCUGGGGACCUCUUGAAUUGUCCCUGGGGCUGGCUCUGAGUGGGUAUGUUCAGGAGGACACCUGUGUGGCCAUCUGCCCCGAGGAGAUAAGAGGGUCACCUGCUUCCAUCCUUCUAGAUGGCCAUGGCCAGGCUUGAGUCUAGUGACCUUGGGCUGAUGACACUAAGAGGGAUGGGCGGCGAGGACAGUCAGUUUCAGGAGUGCAACCUGGCCAUGUGACCCGGGUUCCCAAAGAGUCAGGCCUGCCUGGGUCAUGCUAAUAGCACAUGUGAGCCCCUCGCUCCUUCCUGAUCCAGCCACGUCAAAGUGCUGUCCUCAAAGAAAGCUGUGGCUCGCUAAUUAGCAACUCAAGAAGGACAAGUCACCAGCCACCUGCUCUUUGUCCAGCCUUCACCCAUCCCAGUCACCACAAGCUGGGACUCCCCAUGUACCAUACCGCAUUUUAUCAGCCCCAGCCCUGCCCCGCCUCACCCCCAUUUGAAGCCAGAAAAGAAAAAUAAUACUCCAGAGCCCCAAGUCUUGCCAACAACUUGUGGACGCGGCAGGGGAAGAAGGGUCAGAAUUCUUUCCCCAGCACUUAAGUUUCCAACAGGAUAUUUAUGAGUAAUUUAUUUUGAUAUGUACAUCUCUUUUUAUUUUCUUACUUUAUUUAUACCCCGAAAUUGUAUUUAUGUACAUGAGGUUUGUUUUCUACAUUAAAAUGGAGUUGGUUUGUAUCAAAGUUUGUGCAUUUGGGUAUCGUGGUAAAAGGCUCCUGACCAAUGGAGCCGCAGGAG